AUGCGGCUAUCAAAUUAUGUGUUGGCCAGCGUGAUCUGCUGCCCGGCAGCUUUUGCCAACCUUCUAGGACCGUCAUAUCCUCCUCCCAGGGACUUGUCUAGCAGUCACAGCCGGGUCGCCGACAGUUGGAAGAACCUGACAUCCAAACUGAACACCGUCCUCGCCGAUAACCGAACCAACAAAACCAGCGGGAUUUACGAGCUAAAGAACCUCACAUUUUCCGCUGGGUUGUUUUCCUCGCUGGACCCUAAUGCAAAAGACCUUCAAUUCCACCACACUGCCAGUGAAGUCGCAAAAUCCCCGGUGGGAGUGAACAAGGUGGAUGGAAACAGCAUCUAUAAGGUCGCUAGUGUGUCAAAACUCUUUACGGUUCUUGCUGGACUUAUAGAGCUGGAGCCCCGGGAAUGGGACCUUCCACUCACGGAAAUUUUCCCAUUCUUGGCCGAGCAUGUGCGCAAGCAACGUAACAAAUUUCGGCUAGUCUACGAUGUUCAGUGGGACAAAAUCACUCUCAGAUCCCUUGCGGGCCAGAUGGGCGGCAUACCACACGGUGCUACAGAGGAGUUCCUACAAACCUUUUUACUAUACAAGUACCUCGAAAACUCUCCCAAUCCCGCGUUGACGGAUCCAAAAUUCUACGGCCUUCCCCCUCUAAACGAGAGCGACUUGACGCUAUGGCCAUCAUGCAUAGGUCAACAGAUCCAGGGCUGUAACCCAGUCUCCUGGGAUGUGGCAUACGCUCCAAGACCUCCAGUUUACCUUCCCUGGACAAGCCCCGAGUAUUCAAAUGGUGGUUAUAUCUUCCUCGGUCUCGCGAUUUCAAAUCUCACUGGAAAGGCUAUGGAUGAAUGGUAUAGCGAUUCUAUUUUCGAACCCCUCGGUUUGAAGUCCACCUACUCGUCAUCCCCUGACAAUUCCACGCGCCCGCAUUCCGUCACGUCGGAGGCUCUUGAUGAGCAGUUUGUUCCCGAUGGAGGUGUUACAAACCCUUCUGGUGGAUUAUUCUCUACGACAAACGAUCUGUCCAAGCUUGGCAUCGCCCUCCUGAAUUCCACCCUCCUCCCCUCUGAAAAGACACAGGAAUGGAUGAAACCUAUCACUCACACCUCAAGCCUACGCUACUCGGUCGGCUCACCGUGGGAAAUUCAUCGAUUCGUCCAUGCAGGAUCAGGCGUGGUCACCGAUCUAUACACGAAACUCGGAGACUCGGGAUUCUAUGGAGGCAUCGUGGUCGUGAUACCAGACUUCGACGCCGGUUUCACUCUCCUCUCGGCCAGCACACAAGCCAGCCGUAGCAGCGAGACCCUCUUAGCAAUCGAUCUUAUCGUCGAUGCCUUACUCCCAGCACUUAUGGAGCAAGCUGCAUUAGAGGCGGCGCAGAAGUUCGCCGGCACGUACAAAGCUGAAGAUCUGAACUCGUCAUUGACACUUACUGUUGUUCCACCUACUCAGCCUGCACCUGGCUUGAAGAUUACAUCAUGGAUUAGUAAUGGCACAGAUAUCACGGGUUUAGUGCCUACACUUCUUGGUGGUCCCGGGGCACGUCUUGUACCGUCUAUUAUCAUCGAGCAGGCCACUGGGGGAAUCGCUUUCCGUGCGUACACUGCUACUCAAAAUCGGGGCCCAGGGGUGGGUUCAUCGUCGAGUCUCUUUUCUUCUUUCUAUGAUCUCGGCGACUGGACUAUGCUGGAUCAGUUGACAUGGGGCGGUAUUGCCACCUCGCUCUUCGUUUUUGAUGUUGAGGGAAAUGGAACCGCCAAGUUCUUGACACCAGGUGCCUACAGAGUGAAAAUGGCGAGGAAUUGA